AUGCUGCCCCUGCUGCUGCUGUCCCUCCUGUGGGGGGGGUCCCUGCAGGAGGCUCCAGGGUACGAGCUCCAGGUGCAGCAGUCGGUGACGGUGCAGGAGGGGCUGUGCGUCUCUGUGCCCUGCUCCUUCUCCCACCCCACGCCCUCCGGGGCUUCCUCCGGCCGAGUCUACAUCUUCUGGUUCCGGGAUGGGGACCACAUUUACAAUGAUGCUCCUGUGGCCACAAACCAUCCACGACGGCCAGUGAAGACGGAGGCCCAGGGCCGAUUCCACGUCUCCAGCGACCUCAGGACCCCCAACUGUUCCCUGAGCAUCAGAGACGCCAGGAGGGGGGACACAGGGUGGUACUUCUUCCACGUGAGGACAGGAGACGAUGUCAGAUACAGCUACACUGAAAGGAAGCUGAAUGUGCGUGUGACAGCCCUGACUGAGAAGCCUCACGUCCACCUCCCGGCGCCCCUGGAGUCCGGCCGCCCCACACAGCUGACCUGCAGCCUGCCGGGCUCCUGCCCCGGGGGGAGACCGCUCUCCUUCUCCUGGGCGGGGGAGGCCCUUGGCUCUCGGGACCCCGGGACACUGCGCUCCCCACUGCUCACCUUCACGCCGAGGCCCCAGGACCAUGGCACCAGCCUCACCUGUCGGGUGAACCUCCAAGGAGCUCGGGUGACCACGGAGAGAACCGUGCAGCUCAAUGUCUCCUCCACUUCUGCUCCCCAGCCCUGCUCUCUCCACUUCUCUCUCGCAGCCCCAAGCACCCUGAGCAAUGGCACCUCACUGCCUGUCCUCAGGGGCCAGUCCCUGCGCCUGGUGUGCGUGGCCGACAGCAACCCCGCUGCCCUGCUGAGCUGGUCCAGGAAGGGCAACGCCGCGAGUCCCCCCCGGGGCUCGGCGUCUGUGGUCCUGGAGCUGCCCAAGGUGGGGGCUGCCGACGCAGGAGAAUUCACCUGCUGGGCUCAGCACGAGCUGGGCUCCCAACACCUCUCCUUGAGCCUCUCUGUGCAGACAAGUCCCUCUGUCUGCACGUGUGAGCCCAAGAAGCAGGAGGGCUCCUGGCCCCUGGUCCUCACCCUCAUCAGGGGCUCCCUCAUGGGGGCUGGCUUCCUCCUCACCUAUGGCCUCACCUGGAUCUACUACACCAGGUGCGGAGCCCCCUCCGUCUCAGCUCAGCACUGACAGGAGGACGGGAGCUCAGAGCCACAGACACAGGGAUGGCACUGUCAG